AAAUGCGAGAUCUUCCUGAUCCCUCCCUCUCUCUCUCUCUCUCUCUCUCAUAAAGUAGGCGAAGCUGCAGCUGCAGCGGCAUCAGCUGAAGCAGCAGCAGCAGCACAGAAGCAGCUUCCCUUCCUUCCGUAUAGUGUAACGUACGCAUCACCACCUCGCGGGCUGGAGAUGGAGAAGGAGUAGGAGUAGGAGUGACGCCUCCGGAUUUCCCACGCCUCGACGAACCCCCACAACCCCGAGAUCGAUCGGGAGGAGGACGACCACGCCCUUCACCUGCCCCCAAAUCUUGCCCCGAUCUCCCCCGACCGCGGCAAUGGGGGCCGCCUCCGACGACGCCGUCAAGCAGCUCGCCCUCCUCAUGGACCAAGUGGAGGCGCCGCUGAGGAGGACGUUUCAGAAUGUGCACCAGGGCUAUCCUAAAGAAACAUUAUUGCGUUUCCUUAAGGCCAGAGAGUGGAACGUAUCUAAGGCUCAUAAAAUGCUUGUAGACUCUUUGAAUUGGAGGAUUCAAAACGAAAUCGAUACUGUUCUGGAGAGACCUAUAGUCCCAGUAGAUUUGUACAGAUCAAUCCGUGAUUCACAACUUGUUGGACUCUCAGGAUACACAAAGGAGGGUCUCCCAGUUUUUGCCGUUGGUGUUGGGCAGAGCACAUAUGACAAAGCUUCGGUCCAUUACUAUGUGCAAUCUCAUAUUCAGAUUAAUGAGUACCGUGAUCGUGUAAUUUUGCCCAUGUUGACGGAAAAAUUUGGGCGGCCUGUUACCACCUGUGUAAAAGUUUUGGACAUGACUGGCUUGAAGUUGUCAGCACUGAGCCAAAUGAAGAUGUUGACUUCAAUCUCAACGGUUGAUGAUUUGAACUACCCUGAAAAAACGGAGACGUACUAUGUAGUUAAUGUUCCCUAUAUAUUUUCUGCAUGUUGGAAGGUUGUGAAACCCCUGUUGCAGGAGAGGACAAAAAAGAAGGUUAAAGUUUUGCAUGGUUGUGGAAGAGAUGAACUUCUGAAGAUUAUGGACUAUUCAUCUCUUCCACAUUUCUGCCGCCGGGAGGGCUCUGGCUCAUCCAAACAUUCAUCUACUGACGCUGAUGACUGCUACUCACUUGACCAUCCUUUCCACAAAGAGCUUUAUGGUCACAUUGAGGAGCUAGCAUCGUGCAAGGAACUCAUCAAGAUGGGAUCAUUACAUGUCAGCAUUCCCGAGCCUGACCCCGAUGACGCAAAGAUUGUUGAGGUCAUCCAAGCUGAAUUCCAGAAGAUCGGUGAGCAGAAUGGAUCCGCCAAUGGUCACAAGGUUUAGCCAAAACAUUGGCCAUCUGCAGAACACCUUAACCAGUGCUGGUGACUUCUGAAUCUGAUGAAGUUGAUUACUACUGUCCAUGUCAGUAAUUUUGUUGACAACCCCCCAUUUUCUGGGGGGAAUAUAGCAGCAGCAGCAGCAGCAAGGUCUUGCAUCAUUAUAUUCCCAUGAUGAUGCAAAUAAACAGUGGUGCAGCCUUGAGUUGAUAGAGGAAGAGAUGAACCAGUCACCAGUGUAUAUGAAAUUAGAUGGAAUUGAAAGCCAUAAACAUGUUUUUGUUAGUGUAACUUACAUAUGUUAAAGCUGUUACAAGGAAAUCCAUGGAUGUUGAAAGACUUCUUUAAAAAAAAAAAGCUGUCAUAAGCUUGAGCGCAUAGUUUUGCACCAGGAUGUUGAAUGGAUCAAAUUUUAUUUUGUGGAUUUUAUUA